GUCCAACAGGCCAGCUAGUCCUCAUCACCGCUCGAUUCCACUCACUCGUAAUCCUUGUAUCUUUUUCCCCCCACUCCUUACGUCGCCCACUUCCAACCUUCCCGCCCUUUUAGAAUCUCCCCCGCAGCCCCGCGGACAUUCCACCUUGCAACAAUCCCACUUUGUCGCAGCCAUGUCCGACCACCAGUACAAGUUCAAUGUGACCAUGACCUGCGGCGGCUGCUCCGGCGCCGUCGAGCGAGUCCUGAAGCGUCUGGAAGGAGUCAAAGCCUUCGAUGUCAGCCUCGAAUCGCAGACUGCAAACAUCACCACCGAACCUAAUGUCUCGUACGAUACCGUGCUGGCCGCGAUCAAGAAGACUGGCAAGACCGUGAAUAGUGGCGAGGCUGAUGGACAGACCAAGAGCGUCUAAGACGGCUGUUGGUGUAUAUUGGGAGAAAAGUUUUGGAAGAAGACGAAGGCGGUGUCAUGAAUGGGAGUCGGAAUAAUUACUCUAGAAGGGUGCUAUAUUCUUCAGAUGUACUUGGAAGACUUGAUCGUGUGCUUCCUGGUGAAGAACGAUCUUACCAGCGCUUUGUACCUCUCCGCAUUGCCUCAACAAGAAAUAUUUGAUAAAGAUUUUGACAAGAUUCUGAGGAUGACUAGGCAAAUAAUGUAUGCAUCGAAGG